AUGUCGGCGCCGGACGAGCAGCCAAACCACAGCACAACCUUCAGCACCGGUGGUAUCGACGGACGACUGGCCAACUUCGAGCUGGAGAAGCGUAUAGGUCGGGGCCAGUUCUCGGUGGUAUACCGGGCCCGCUAUCGGCCCACCGGACAGAUUAUGGCGCUCAAGAAGAUGCAAAUAUUCGAGAUGUUGGACGCGAAGGCCCGGUACGACUGUAUCAAAGAGAUCAACUUGCUCCAGCAGCUGGACCACCCCAACGUGAUCAAAUACCUGUGCUCGUUCAUCGAGCACAACGACCUGUACAUCGCCCUGGAGUUGGCCGACGCCGGCGACCUGAGCCGACUCAUACACUAUUUCCGCCGCGAGGGCCGAUUGAUACCGGAGGUGACAAUAUGGCGGUACUUCGCGCAGGUAUGCGCCGCACUCGAGCACAUGCAUGGGAAGCGUGUGAUGCAUCGCGACAUCAAACCGGCCAACGUUUUUAUGACCGCACAGGCGGUGGUCAAACUCGGCGAUCUAGGGUUGGGCCGCUUUUUUAGCUCCCGCACCACAGACGCCCACUCUCUGGUCGGCACCCCGUACUACAUGUCGCCCGAGCGCAUACACGAGUCGGCCUACGAUUUCAAGUCCGACAUCUGGUCGCUCGGCUGCCUAUUGUACGAGUUGGCAGCGCUUCAGUCGCCCUUUUACGGCGAGAAACUCAAUCUCUACGCCCUGUGCCGUAAGAUCGAGUCGUCUAACUACCCGCCCAUACCGUCCGACAUGUACUCGCGUGAGUUGAAACACUUGGUGGACAAUUGUCUACAGCCCGACCCCGACAGGCGUAUCGAUACGCUGGGUGUGUGCCGAGUGGCCAACACUAUGCUCGCGAGGUUUUCGCAAGCGAUUAAGGCCAAAGGUAUGGCCGCCGGUGCCCCCAUUCCCGUCCCGUUGGCCCCGAGUCCGGCCUCUAGUGGUCAGGUGUCGCCGGCGACCGAUGGCACUGAUAGUGAGAAUUUGAUUAAUUUUGAGUCUCCCGUAAUGCAGGGUAAUAGUGGUCAUAAUGUCCAACACCAACAGCCCUCUAACCCAUCGGGGUUUUUGUGUUUCCAUGGUUUGGGCCCUAAAGGGGGCAAAAAUUGA